AUGGCCCUCGUCCUCCUUGCGCUGAUGGCCCACGUGGCCGCAAGUGACCUGGCGGAGCCCGUCCAGGGCGCGGAGCUGGGCUGCUGUAUGGCUGCAAUGGCCACUUCCCUGACGGGCUGUAGUGGCCCGUGUGAAUGGGAUGGCGGCUCAAUCUGCAGCUGUCGUGGAGAAGGCAUUGUGUGUCAGUUUGAAGCCACGGGCUUCUGCGGUGUCGGCGGCAGCACUCCGCACUGGAGCAUCCCUGCAGAAUUUCUAGCAGGCGUGGAUGCGACGGCCGGCUUCAUCAUCCUCUUCGCCGGAAGCUUCGCGGUGGUGAUGGCCUGCUUGCUCAUCUGCUUUUGUUGCUCGUGCUGCCCAGGGUACAGCUACCAGUUUGCGGAGAAGCCCCAUGAUAAGACCCCUGCAGUGAAGAAGCUCCAUGCGGAAGGUGUUCUCACGGUGUGA